AUGGCGGCCGCCGUGGCGGCGGGGGCCGCGGGCGGGGAACGCGGGCGGCGGCGGGCGCUGGGCCGGGCGCUGGCGGCGGCGGCGCUGGCGGCGCUGGGCUGGCUGCAGGCGGCGCUCGGCGCCGGGGCUGCCUCCGGCCCCCGCCUGCUGCAGCCGUACCCCCCCGGCCGGCACGGCCCUCGGCACCACCACCGCGACGUCCGGGACUGCCAGCCCCUGCAGCACGGCAACGUGACGCACGAGGCGUGGCCCGGCGACAGCAGCACCGGCCUGCCCCUGGCCACCACCAGGACCUUCGUCUCCUACGUCCCCUCGGUGGGCGACGGCCGCAGGGUGGUCUACGGCCACUUCACCUUCGUGAGGAACCCCCGCAGGACCCUCUCCGUGCUGGAGCCCGGCGGCGUGGGCGGCUGCCAGGCUCGCCGCAGAGCCCCCGUGGAGGAGACGGCGAGGCUGGGCAAGUGCCUGGUGGCCCAGAACGGCGGCUACUUCGACAUGGAGACCGGGGAGUGCCUGGGGAACGUCGUGAGCGAUGGGAGGCUGGUGAGGAACGCCCGCGGCCUGCAGAACGCCCAGUUCGGCAUCCGGAAGGAUGGCACCAUGGUGUUCGGCUACCUGUCCGAGGAAGAUGUUCUGGACCAAGCAAACCCUUUUGUUCAGCUUGUGAGUGGAGUGGUUUGGCUCCUGAGAGACGGGGAAGUGUACAUCGGUCAGAGUCAGACGGCUGAGUGUGAUGAAACUCAGUCCACAGGAACCUUUGAGAAGUUCAUCAAUGUGAUAUCAGCCAGGACCGCAGUUGGACACGACAGUCAAGGGCAGCUGGUCUUGGUUCACGUGGAUGGACAGACAGAAUCCAGAGGGCUCAACCUCUGGGAAAUGGCUGACUUUCUGAAGCAGCAGGGAAUCAUCAAUGCGAUCAACCUGGAUGGUGGAGGGUCCGCAACACUAGUCCUAAAUGGGACCCUCGCAAGCUACCCGUCAGAGCACUGCUCCUUUGACAACAUGUGGCGUUGCCCUCGGAGCAUCUCGACCAUCAUGUGCAUCCACGAGCCCGCCUGCGAGCCCGCAGACUGCAGCGGUCACGGGGACUGUGUGCAAGGGGAGUGCCGCUGCGCUGGGGACUUCUGGAGAGGUCCAGCCUGUGACAUGUUGGACUGCGGCCCUUCCAACUGCAGCCUGCACGGCACCUGCACGGACUCUGGAUGCCUGUGUGAUGCUGGCUGGGUUGGCAGCAACUGCAGUGAAGCUUGUGCAAGCGGUUCCUACGGGGAUGCUUGCACCCAGAAAUGCCAGUGCCAGAAUGGUGGCUCGUGUGACCCCGUGCACGGAGCCUGCUCCUGCCCAGCUGGGUACUAUGGCACCAGCUGUGAGCAUGCAUGCCCCAUGGGCUGGUAUGGGCCAAACUGCCAGCAGCUCUGUGCAUGUGAACAUGCAUGUCCCUGCGACCGAGAGACGGGCAGCUGUAACAUCACCUAUGAUUUGGCAAUACAGGACCAGCUAAACAAAGCUGGGCAGUGUUUGGCUUCCCAGAAUAAGGGAAAGAGCAAAGAAAAAUUCUCUCUGUCAGAAAGAACCUGGAUCUCCAUGACCUCUGUCUUGGCUCUGCUUCUUGUGAUUAGCACCAUGGGAAACAUAGGCUUCUUUCUCAAGGCCAGGUCAGAGAGGCAACGUAAAAGUGGUGAUUAUCUCUAUCACCCCCUGAUGGAGAUGAAUGGAGAAGCCAGUCAUAACUCCACAUCUGCUGCCUGUGAGACUGAAGAUACUCAGGAAUAAAUUCAGACGCUCCUUUAGAGUCCCAGAUGAGAAAAGAAGAGGAGCAGCGUGCUCUGCUCGGCUGCAUGGCCCAGCCAGUAAGGUACCACAGUCUCAAGCUCUCACCUGGGGAAAAGAAGAGGAGGCAGCAGCCUGAGCAAGACACUCCUGAGCUGUGGACUGGGCUCGCCCUACUCCAGCCCGUUCAGCGUGUGCUUUCCUACCACCAGGCUGCCCUGGGCCAGCGGUACAGUCCCUACAGCAGCCUUGCUUCUUGCUGCCAGAACUGCCUUUCCCUCCUCAGGGGACGGCAGCCAUCAGGGGCUGGGACCAUGAUCGGUACUUCAAGCAACCCAAGAUCCUGAACAUCUCAGCUGGAAACUGGAUAUUUUUAUUUGAACACAUAAUUGCACACUGAAUUAAUAUGAGUUUGCUUCCAUGUGAGGGGAAACUAGCCUUUAACAUGCUACUUUAAUGCUGCAAAUUGGGUUUUUAAAGCCUGUCUGAGCCUGAAUGUUUUUAAGCACUCUAUUUUUAUCUCUUCAAGCAAAGAAUAUGUAAUUUUUGUGCCACUGCUGGCAUCAAAUCAAACUGUAAACUGAAGAUUCUAUUAUUUUUUUAUUUACAGAAGACAACUUGCCACUUGAAUAAAGUCAA